CGCUGGUUCGUUCGCUCCACGCAGAAUCGCACCAUGGCAGUCGUCCCCACAUUGGCCAAUGCCCCGCGCGAUAUCCUCAGAGAGGUCUUCACCCAUGGGGUCAUCUACGGUAUGACCGUGAAUAACAAGGGAGAGCGCGUGGAACUCCGUGCCACCCUCUCAGCGGUGUGUCACCAGUGGAAGACGAUAGUGGACGCUACACCGCUCCUCUGGUCCUUGGUCUACAUCACUCUCGGCAGGCCUCCUUCUCGCGAGUCAUGGGAUUUGGCCAUGGCGCGAUCUGGGACGCAACCCUUGGACAUCACUGUCCGUUCAGGAGGCUGUCCCUUUGAAAAGGAGUUGAGCGCAGUGACCCACGUCAUGCAGCUGCUCACUCCACACAUCCGGAGGUGGAAGUUGAUCCAUCUCAGUCUCGACGACAUGGUAAACGUCAAGGCUGCCGUGUCUCUAUGGAAAGGGACGGCCGAUGCUUUGGAAGAGAUAUUCCUAAGCAGCGAACCAGAAUGCGAUAGCGAUAUCGAAGUUGAGCUGGCUUUGGACCCGACAUUCACCGCGCCGAAACUUCAAGUAUUCGCGCUUUACGACAUUCCCAUCAUGAAAGGCGGCGGGAGGCUGCCAAAGCACUUCCCCGUUCUGGACGAGCUUUCACUCGUGCGCUCCACCUUCACCGAAACCACGGGUAAUAGCUGGCCGAGGUUGGCGCAGGUACUCAAGAACCUGAAACACUUGCGCUCUCUCAAUUUUGUGCCCGAACACGGAGGCGACGAUGAUGACGACGAGGACGAAGACGAAGAAGACGAGGACGAGGACGAUGAAAACGUGCCGGACGUCAGCUCACUCCCUUCUCUGCCCGCCCUUGAAGAACUCAUCGUCAUGGACAUGUCGCUAAGCGCCAUCAACAAACUUCUCGGCACGUUCACUGCUCCCCGGCUAUCGAAGCUGGAGAUCGCAAGCUAUGAGUCCGGAGAUGACGAAGAGGAGCGUCUUCCUAAAACAAAAAAGCUGUUGAAUCGUUUCCCAUCCCUGCGUACCCUCAGACUCUGCGACUCCGUCGACGCCAUGGAGUUAGAAAACGUGAAGUACCUGGCCGAAGACUUCGAGCGCCUCGAAAUCACACACGUCGACCUCGAGCCUCUGUUCCAGAUGUUGACGAAGCGGACUACGCGGUCGAAGUGGCCCAUCCCUAGGUUGCGGUCUAUGGAGAUGCAUUUUGGGGAGAAAGUACCGGUGGCUGCACUACGCGGUCUCGUUGAAGCAUGUGCUACCGCGGGCCAUGCUAUCGAGAGCGUUGCAGUACACACGGCAUCCCAGUGCCCCCAGAAGGACAACAGUUGGUUCGGGCGCAACGUGCAAAAGUUUUCUUGGACAUCGGUGUCCGACAUUCAUGCAGGGGCCUCCUCUGUGACGUUGGUGUACGGGCCGCGAGCUUGAUGACCUCGUCGUCGGAUGAGUCGUUGAUGUAUGCUGGACUGUGCGAUUGAUGAUUGAGUUUGUCAUAACUACUGAUUAGUCUUGCAGUACCUUACACACACUGUCUUGCCACUGGUAGGACAUUUGUUGCGCUGGGUUGUGGACA